UAAAGUAAUGUUACUUGGUAUUGAUACUGGAAGAGUCAUGGAUAUCAAGAAGUUAACUUUUGGAAUCUGAUAAUUGAUGAAGUUUGGUGGAAGACAUAAUUGCCGAAAAGGAAUACUGUCUAAGAGCCCUUGGGAGAUCUUUUACUGUGAUAGAAGAUAUAACCUAAAAUAAACUAGAACACAAUCAAAUCAAAUUUUAAUAAAGUUUAAUUUCGUUUCGGGGUAAGCAUAUGUUCGAGUUAACUGCGAAGUCUAUUGCAACUCAAGGUAAGAAUAUAGUUUUGGUGACUUCAUUUAAAUGCGCUCCCUCAAAGCCGCUAAUGCAUACCACAUCCUCUCCAACAAUUAAUUAGCCUCCAAAAGCUUUUCACAAAAAUGGCGGAAUUUGUCUUAACAAAAUUAGCAGAGUCAUUCUUGUCCCAAGCAGUAGAAAGAAUCGCUGAUCUUCUCAUCCAUGAAGCUGCGUCCUUGAGGAAUGUCAGGGAUGAUGUGGUGCUUUUGCAAGAUGAACUGCAGUCCCUUCAGGGAUUCAUAAAAAGUGCAGAUACCAAGCAACAUAAUGACAAGCACCUCCAAUGCUUGGUACUAAAAGUGAAAGAUGUAGCUUCUGAUGCUGAGGAUGUUAUUGAGACUUACAUCUUCAAAGUUGCCUCCUCUUACAUCAAAGCUUGUCAUAAUAAAAGAGCUCGAGCCCAGAUCAGCUUUGUUCGAGAGAGGAUCAAAGUCAUCUUUACAAGUAUGCAGACUUAUUGGAUCGCAUCUGUUGCUGCUGGCGAGGUCAAGACGAGUGGUUCAACGGUGGAGCUGCAGCGGAAGCUGAGAAAAUCAUCUCCAAAUGAAGAAGAGGAGGAUGUUAUUAUCUUGGAGGAUAGCUCCAGGGAUUUAACAGCUAAACUGACCAAUGUGGAAGAUCAGCUCCGCGUUGUCUCUGUAGUGGGCAUGGGCGGUUUGGGUAAGACCACUCUUGCCAAGAAAGUGUUUAAAAGUGUCAAACAACAUUUCGACUCUGCUGCUUGGGUUUUUUUAUCUCAAAGAUUUGUCCCGAAAGAUGUUCUCAUUGGAAUCAUUAAGCAAGUAGAUUCUUCUAAAACACAAGAUGAUUUACAACAAAAGGAAGAGCCAGAGCUAAUUGAAUGGCUUCAAAAUGAGCUCAAACAGAAGCGGUAUCUGGUGGUUCUUGAUGACAUAUGGACCAUUGCAGAUUGGGAUUCUAUUAAAUCUGCUUUCCCGCCGCAAGGAAAGGAGGGAAGCAAGCUUCUGUUUACCACUCGCAAUAGGAAAGUAGCAACAUCUGCUGAUCCAUUGAGCUCCCCAAUUGAACCUCGUAUUUUGACUUUGGAAGAAAGUUGGAAACUCAUACAGCGAAAAGCAUUUCCAAGAGAUAUUGUGGGUGACCUUGAUCGUCAAUCAGGGUAUGAGGAGUUAGGAAAGGAGAUGGCUGAAAAAUGUGGACGGCUACCUCUUGCAGUGACUGUAAUUGGAGGCUUGUUGAGGACAAAAACUACAUUGGAGGAAUGGAAGAAGGUGUCGGAAGACGUUGAUUCAUACUUGAACAAAGUGCAGUCACAUCAAGAAUAUGAAGGAGUGAAUGAGAUACUAGGCUUGAGCUACUAUGAACUGCCCUACUACUUGAAGCCCUGUUUUCUGUAUUUGGGCAACUUCCCCGAGGAUUUUGAAAUUCGCAAAAGAAAAGUGGUCCAACUAUGGAUAGGAGAAGGAUUAAUACCCAGGCUCAAACCGACGACGAGGACAAGAGGAGAGCUAAAACAAACAUUGGAAGCUGUAGCAGAAGGAUACUUGGAAGAGCUGAUCCACAGGUGCAUGGUUCAGGUGGAGAAAAGGGACCAUACAGGAAUAUCAGGUGUCAAAACAUGCCGCAUGCAUGAUCUUAUGCGAGACUUGUGUAUAUCCAAGGCAAGAGAGGAAAGCUUUGCUCAGAUUAUCCAGCAGCAGCAUGAGAGCAACUUGUCUACUGAUGUUUCUGCAGCUUCUUCAUUUGAGCAUUUGGAUGGUAGUCAUUCCCGAAGACUUGUCAUUCAUACUAGUGUUCGUCUUUGUUUCAAAAAACCUUGCGCAUGCAGCACCUUUUUCAGAAAGCUGCUUGUUUGCAAUAAUAAUCCAUCUUCUUCUGCUUCUUCUUCUUCUUCUUUGGGGGAGUCUAAGUGGGUGGAACAGCAGGUACAUCCCAACCUUCGUUCUCUUUUGUGUUUGGGUGGCAUUCUUUCUUUAUCAACAUUAAAAUCAAGCAAUUUCAGAAUGUUGAGAGUGUUGGAACUUCGUUUUGCUGAUGGAUCUAAAAUUCCUGAAGGCAUUGGUAAUUUAAUUUACUUGAGAUAUUUAUGUCUCUCGGGUGAUGAAAUAAGUCUGCCAUCCUCCAUAGGUAAUCUGCACAAUCUGCACAUACUAGAUAUUAAGAGAUGCUGGCAUGUCAGAGGAUCAGUGGGCAUGAUAUCAAGAUUGAUCCGUUUGAGACAUCUGUUACUUCAUUAUUCUAUUGAUUAUAAUCAGAAUGAUUUUCGAAUAGAUAAAUUAAAAGACAUUGAGACUCUAAAGAAUAUACGAGCUUCUGUGUUGAUUAGAUCAUACGAUGGACUACACAAAUUGACUAAUCUUCGAAAGAUAUCGAUAGUCUUUGAUAUUAAGGAUAGUCAUGUUGAAGAUGAAGUGAGAAAAGUGUUGGGGUCCCAAAUCGUUCAAUCAGGCCGCCUAACAUCCUUGCGAAUAUGGAUAGACAGCACCGAAGCUGGAUUUCCAAGUCUGGAAUCACUUUCCUCAUGUCAUAGUCUCUCUAAAUUAUAUUUGAAUGGGAAGAUGAAAUUCCAACAACAACAAGGAUUAAUACAUCUUCCACAAAGCCUUACCAAAUUGACUCUCAGGUGGUCUGCAAUGGAGCAGGACCCAAUGCCAAUGUUGGAGAAUAAGCUACCAAAUUUAAGGUUUCUUAUGCUUGGUUACAAUGCAUAUGUUGGUUCUAAAAUGGUUUGCUCUGCCCAUGGAUUUCCAAACUUAGACACUCUUCAUCUCUGCUCGUUAAACGAUUUAAGAGAGUGGAUAGUAGAGAAAGGUGCGAUGCCGAGUCUCAAGAAAUUAAUAAUUAAAGAUAUUCACGAAUUAGAGAUGAUUCCAGAAGGCUUGGAAUUUGUGACUUCCCUCAAAGAAUUGGAAAUUGUAGACAUGAGGAAUUCCUUCUGCGAGAAGCUUCAAGUGAAAAACGGAAUUGAAGGGCAGGAUUACUACAAAGUCCGACACAUACCCUCAAUCGCUCUUCACUCUGUAAACUAAUCUUAUGCAUCGUUUUUUUCUUCUCCCCUUUUUUUUUUUUUUUU